AGCAUCUUCAUAAGCCUGGAUUGCUAACCAGCUUUCAUUUCAGCUCCUGUAGACAUCUCCUGAAUUAAGCAACACAGAAAAGUCCUCUGAAGUCACUGAAUCCCAGAAAGGCUCUCUACCUUUAGUACAAGGCAGGUCUUCACCACUGGACAAAGAAGGAACAAUAAGGGGACACCAGACAAGGGUUUCUGAGCAUGGAUUCAACCAUCCCAGUCUUGGGUACAAAACUGACACCAAUCAAUGGACGUGAGGAGACUCCUUGCUACAAGCAGACCUUGAGCCUCACGGUGCUGACAUGCAUCGUUUCCCUUGUCGGGCUGACAGGAAAUGCGGUUGUGCUCUGGCUCCUGGGCUUCCGCAUGCGCAGGACCGCCUUCUCAAUCUACAUCCUCAACCUGGCCGCGGCAGACUUCCUCUUCCUCAGCGGCCACAUUAUACGUUCGCCGUUACGCCUCAUCAAUAUCCGCCAUCCCAUCUCCAAAAUUCUCAAUCCUGUGAUGACCUUUCCCUACUUUAUAGGCCUGAGCAUGCUGAGCGCCAUCAGCACCGAGCGCUGCCUGUCCGUCCUGUGGCCCAUCUGGUACCGCUGCCGCCGCCCCACACACCUGUCAGCGGUCGUGUGUGUCCUGCUCUGGGCCCUGUCCCUGCUGCGGAGCAUCCUGGAGUGGAUGUUCUGUGACUUCCUGUUUAGUGGUGCUGAUUCUCUUUGGUGUGAAACGUCAGAUUUCAUUACAAUCGCGUGGCUGAUUUUUUUAUGUGUGGUUCUCUGUGGGUCCAGCCUGGUCCUGCUGGUCAGGGUCCUCUGUGGAUCCCGGAAGAUGCCGCUGACCAGGCUGUACGUGACCAUCCUGCUCACAGUGCUGGUCUUCCUCCUCUGUGGCCUGCCCUUUGGCAUUCAGUGGGCCCUGUUUUCCAGGAUCCACCUGGAUUUGAAAGUCUUAUUUUGUCAUGUUCAUCUAGUUUCCAUUUUCCUGUCCUCUCUUAACAGCAGUGCCAACCCCAUCAUUUACUUCUUCGUGGGCUCCUUUAGGCAGCGUCAAAAUAGGCAGAACCUGAAGCUGGUUCUCCAGAGGGCUCUGCAGGACACGCCUGAGGUGGAUGAAGGUGGAGGGCGGCUUCCUGAGGAAACCCUGGAGCUGUCGGGAAGCAGAUUGGAGCAGUGAGGAAGAACCUCUGCCCUGUCAGACAGGACUUUGAGAGCAAUGCUGCCCUGCCACCCUUGACAAUUAUAUGCAUUUUUCUUAGCCUUCUGCCUCAGAAAUGUCUCAGUGGUUCCUCAAGGUCUUCGAAUAGAUGUUUAUCUAACCUGACAGUUGCAGUUUUCACCCAUGGAAAGCAUUAGUCUGACAGUACAAUGUUUACAUUCUCCUUGAUGUUACCAACACAAUUUUCCUGUUACCUUACACCGAAUCUUUCUUACUGAAUGCUUUUCCUGCAAUUUUCAUUGUAAUAAAAGGAGUUCCUGUCCACAACCCUAAAA